UCUUUAUGGCACGUAUGUCGUCGAUAAUUCACGAUUAGAGAAAACGUCAUAGAGUAUUUAUGUAAACGACUUUUUGAGAGGUAUUUAGCAAAACCGCAUCCACUAACGAAACACGAGAAGUGUUUUUAGGUUAUUAUAAACGACCUCUCAAUAACUCGCACAAUUCCCUGUGGAAUGAAGCAAGCGCCAAUUAUGAUGCUUAUGUAAGACCACGUAAAGUUCUUGCUAAGUUGAUUUGGAGGUUGUACGUUGUAUUGAAGAAGUGCAGACAUGGUUCCAUUGCCCUCGGCCUCAUUCUCCCAAUACGAGUGGAUCAUAUAACAGACCCAGCUGAUAAAGCGAUGAGAUAGUUCACGCUAAGACAUUUGAAAGCACACUCAGUGAAAGAUUAAGACGGCUUUGUUUACUGCUCAGUUGGUGGGAGAAGACCUGUUAACAACAAACGACGUACGACAACGAAAUGCGUUGGGUGCUGUUUAUGUUAGGGAUCACCGUUUCAUUCGUCCGGGGAUUCGAUGAAGCAACAGUUUCUAGCAAGAGAACUUGCGAGUCAGUUGUAAAGGACUUGGUUCAACAUCCUCCCCUCCACGUCGCCAUAAAGCACUGCUGUAACUACUCCACAGUGACAUAUGAGUGUAUCAAUGGCUACCAACUUGGUCAGGGAGACAGAUUUAGGCGCUGUUUAGAAGGCAAACUGCUUGGGAAAGAGCCUAGCUGUAGAUUUCCAAAAGUUACGAGCUGUGGUAACCCAGGAACAAUCCGCCGUGGAUACUUCAUCGGAUCUGAUUUCAGUAUUGGUCGCACCGUGGAAUAUAAAUGCGCCCGCGGUUACAAACUGCAUGGUCCAGCGAUUAGUGUAUGCAAGAAGCAUGGAACAUGGACUGCUCGGCCGGCGUGUGUAGAUAAGAAUGUCAUGGAUGUAAACGAAGCCACCGCAUUUGUUCGCUACAGUCUGUUAGAUAGUCAUGCUGAACAUCCAUGCUACAAGAAUGGCUCCUGUUCCAAGGUUGAUUCCAGAACGCGUCGCUCAAUUGAUCUAGAUUUUGACGGAGGCCUAGAUGUGAUCUUCUUGAUAGAUGGAUCUAAUGGGGUCUCCAAGGAUGAUUACAAGAUUGGGCUCAAGUUUGCUCAAGAACUCAUCCGAGUUCUAGCCGCCACUGUCCUGCGAGGGGACAUUCGUGUAGCGGUUGUCUCUUACAGUAGCAAACCGUUCACCGCCAUGAAUUUUGCAUCUCCUUCAGACAAGGUCAUAAAAAAGAUUGGCGCUAUCAAGAAACCAGGGGGGUGUGGUACUUCGCUGGGAAGGGCCAUGUACAUGACAAGACGCCGUAUAGUGCCGAACACUAGAACUAACAGCAACAAGGCCAUGUUCAUAAUAAGCACUGGACUCCUGAACAUGGGAACGAGUCACCCUAAGGCGUCACGUUUAUUGGAGAGCGAGAAGUCGUUUCAGAUAUUUUCCAUUGCUAUUGGAAAGAACCCCAAUACACGAGUUUUGUCGUCUGUUGUCUCACAGCCGGUCAAGAGCCAUCUUAUAUUUCUGAGGUAUUAUGGUGACGUGUUUGAUGCUGUGCGUCGCACCGUGACGUUGAAGAAAAAAGAUCCCAGUGAAUGCGGUGUCAGUGUCACUAAACCAAGAGCGCGAAAUGUACGCGGCAACAAGGCGACAAGUGGUGUAUGGCCCUGGCAAAUUCAUGUCUUCUGGGACGGAGUUCCCGUCUGCAACGGAGCUCUUAUUAAUAAGGAAUGGGUCAUCACUGCCGCACAUUGCUUUUACUCUAAAACAUGGAGACCCAUCGUUCGCCCAGCCUCCAGAUACACUGUAAAAGCCGGAGGCCAUCAUCUGGGUGACAGGAAAACCAGCCCGGAACAAAUCAUUGAAGCAACCAAGAUUUUCAUCCACGACAACUACAAACGCCAAAGCCACGAAAAUGACAUCGCGCUCAUAAAACUAAAUCGAAAGGUCAAACUUGGAAAGUACGUAAGUCCUGUAUGCUUGCCGGAUGUUGCAAUGCCUGGAAAUGAUUUAGCCACGCCUGGAAAACAUGGUUUUGUGGCGGGGUGGGGAGCAAAGCAAACCCAAGUAAAACAAGAGAGGAAAUCUUCCAAAAAGCACCGCAAGAAAAGCCGAACAAAAGUGACUGUUCAUAUUGCGUUGGCGGUAUCGUCCAAUAAAGUUUGCAGAAAUAACACCAGCCAGGCAUUUAACAGCACCGUUAUGUUUUGCGCCGAACAUGACAAGGCUGGACAGCAUUCAUGUCGCGGUGACGGUGGGGGACCAUUUGUGCGUGAGCGAUAUGAUUCAAAGUCCCGAGGCUAUCGCUGGACUGUGGCGGGAUUAGUGAGCUGGGGCGAGGGAUGCGGGGUGGAAGGUCGUUACAGUUUUUUUACUCGUGUGGCGCCCUAUUCUAACUGGAUAUCAGAAAAGACUAACCCCCCGAAAAGAAAAGGAAGAAAUUUGCGAAGAAACAAUGGAAAGCGGAACGGGUCUGAAUGAAAACUGCACUUCUGCUCCUUCGCGUGAGGAGACAAAGAACGGUGAAAACGUCAAGAGAAAGAUUUUAGAAACGCGAAGACUACGCAUGAGGUUUAGGUGUCGUUUCAACAAUGUAAAAUAUACUGUUUGGAAGUGUAAAACAUACAACUAACUUUUUUUUCACAAGUCACAUCACACGCCAUUGAAAACCGAUAAAAACUGGAGAACAAAAUAUGGACUCGUACAUAUAUUAACUUUACAAGAUCGACAUAUUGAAGACUAAAUAAAGUUAUUUACUCUCAACUGUGCGGAGAUAAAUCUGAUCAAUGUUGAAAAAAAAUAAAAAUAAAACAAACACGGGAUAGACUUGACUUAACAUGAACUUGAAGUUCUAUAGAGGCAAGUGAACCACCGUAGCGCGAGAGAACUAGCCGCUUUUUUCGUGGAAUAUUUUAACAGAGCAGCAUUUUUCGUAGAGUGAAUCCACUAAAACUGAAGUGACUCCAGGAUUUCCGUGCUCAUCGUGAUGUGCGCAUGCCCAGGGAUCAUUCUGAUGUUUAGACCCAUUUCUUGCGCACAGUCUGUAUAAAAAUUCCAAGUGUGCUAAACUGAAUUGUCUGUGUCAAAAAGAUUAAACUCAGAAGUUUAGGAUUACACAUAUUUCAAGAUGAUCAUUUCUUUAGUGUCGGCGGUUUCGUUUUCCAAGCUAUUGGAAACUUUAAGAGCUUUAAACAUCUCCUAGGUGGUCUUGUUCUUAAUUCGGAUGGCACUUUGUUCUUAGGUGAUUACAAAUUAGAAGGGUGAUUAUCAAUCAGUUGACGCGUCCAUGCAGAUGUCUUUUUGGGCUUUCGACAAUCAUUUCCACGACCCAAAGGUCUUUUGCAUAAGAAACUAAAACCGAAAUUAUAUUUAAGAAAGAGAAAUGGUAUCAAAACCAAGAGCGACCAAAUAAAGUGAUUUCUCUUUGCGAACUGGGUACUGCAUGUGUAACCUCUUGCAACUGGCAGCAUAUCGGAGCCCAUCUACAUGUAUGCAACAAAACUACCGAUGCAGCUCUGUAGUACCUUACAAUUGACUGCCAAAGAGUUACAGUUCAUGAAAGUGAGCGUCGCGCCUUUAAUUUCAAUUAGUACAGUAUCGAACAGUAGGUCGUGUCGUUGAUCGAAAGUCAACAGUGUCGUGAGCUCCCAGUUCCUAAUUAGGAAGGCUGCAUUGCCUGAAACGCCUUACUUCUUGCAUUCCUUGUAGUUGUUGUCUGUUGUUUAUCGAUCCCCCAUGAGUACUUGAAUUGAGUACUCAUGUGUGGUCGUGUACCUAUUUAACCGUCCACCUCCCAGAAGAGACCUCCUUGGUUCACCAUCAUGGGUGGUCACUUUCGGGAGGUGCAGCUGAAUCUUGUAAAUCACGAAAUCGUUUAAAAUUUUAAACUACUUCUCUUGAAACACAAAGCAGUUAUGAUACCACACAACAACAUUUCGUGUUAGACAAGGUCACGAUAUCCCCAACAUCAAAAUCCCUAUUGGAGCGACUUGGUUUUAUUUUGAUUUGCCGAAAACCAAAUAAGCCUUUGGUCGUGAUCCCAAUAUGAAAAAAUAAAAAAAAUAGGCGCCCGAAGUGUGUGCCAUUUUUUUCCCUCCCCAGACCGCUCGCGUUUACUUAGUGUAUUUUUUAUACGUUAGCCUAAACAUGGCAGAGGCAUGUCUCUCGCGUGUAGCAAGUACAAAGCAAAGAAAUAAGUCUACUACUGUAAUUUUUGUAUUCCCUCAAUACCUUGUAAGAAGUGAAAGUGCCCCGUACUAAAGCCAUUGUAAAAGACGUUAAUUUGGUGAACUAAUUAAAAAGACAGAAAAUGUCAGUAACACAUUCGUCAAAGUAUUUCCUUCAGCUAAUUUUGUGUCUGGGAAAUAACGCAGAAACAAUCAUUACAUUAACGCCUUUACGUGCCCACAAAGCUUUUCGUUCACCUCUUGCGCGCUUAGGAAGGAAACGGCGACUACGCAGGCUACAUAGCGACCAUUACUCAAUAUACUGUUUCAAAAAGUGGAAGAUGGAAAUCCUUUUGGAUUUUUAUCAUUACAAGACACCUUGGAAUUAUUAUGUUUUCAGUAGUUAGCCUGGUGCUAACUCUAAGCUAAGGGCUAUCUUUGCUUAACAACUAUAUGUAAUAAAAAAAAGAAAUUUGUUUGAACCCGCAUGUCGAAAUAAAAGAGUUAGGGUGAUGAACGCAGAAACAAUCAUUACAUUAACGCCUUUACGUGCCCACAAAGCAAAAAAUAAAAGAGUUAGAAAUAAAUAAAAGAGUU